CUGAGUGAUACCCGACGUCAACCGGUGUAGCGCGCGAUUUCGCCGUGAGAAUGCGGGGCGCGUGCCCAUUCGUUCCCAGGAAUUGGUGGCGCCGAACGAAGGAUGUAAUCAUAAACACAUAAGAAGAAGCAGUAAAACAAAAACGUUGCUUGGUACGGGAAUAAAUCCGUUGGCGGGAGAGGAAUACUCGAGGUUGUCUCCUGGUUGGUGCGACAAGAUGGCGGCCACCUGACAAAGGUUUGCAAGACGCCUAUAGGCCUAAGUCUGGUGUGUGAGAAGUGGAGGGUUCCGUAAGGCCUAAUAAGACGAGUGAACUGUUACUACAAUGCCUUAAGUAGACCUGCCAUAAGACGUCGAUUAACCUGUGACGUGUUCCUCCGGAGACCUUUGUUAAAUGUAGUAGGCCUAAUGGAUAUACGGACUGGCUCACGCCUAUAGUACCCAGAAUGCAAGAUAUACCUCGCCUUUCCUGGCCAGUAGUGGAGGACUCUGCCUCUCCAGCCAUUUGUCUUAAGCCGUGUACGCAUCGGCCACAGCCAUGGUACAGGAACGGGCCCGACUGCCGUGUGACGUCACGUCGAGCCUACACAGCGACAGGGUCGUUCUCAUUCUGUGGUACAGAGGAAAUGCUGGCACGCCUAUAUACAGCUUCGACGCCAGAGGCGGCGAGACGGAGACCGGCAAGCACUGGAGCGACGAGAGGCUGCUGGAAAGAAGGGCCUACUUCCAGCUCCUGCCCAGCAACUCCUGGGGAGUCAUGAAGUCCCCCGGGUCUUACCUGGAGAUCUACCCCGUCCAAGACCGAGAUGAGGCCAAGUACAGGUGCAGGGUCGACUACCUGCUGUCGCCCACCAAGAACACCAUCAUCAACUUCACCGUCGUCAUUCCGCCGAAUAAACCCGAGAUCUUCAAUGAGACAGGUCACUUGUUGACGACGGAAAGCGGCGCGGCAGCUAUCAUUGGUCCUUACAACGAAGGUGACCCUUUGAUGCUCCUGUGCAAAGUUCUUGGAGGUCGGCCGCCCCCGAAGGUGGAGUGGUACAUGAACGGGAAGGAGAGGCGCUCCGAGGUCACGCAGCAGGCAGGUGGGGUCAUCCAGAUCACCACCUCAAUAGCCCACCUGCGCAGGAACCACCUGCACGCCAUCUUCGAGUGUCGGGCGUCGAAUUUCAACGGUUCCACGCCCGUUUCGUCAAGUAUAACGUUAGAUAUGAAUUUUCAGCCGGUGAACGUCAGCGUGAUUUCGGGGAGUGGCUCCCUCAGUGCCAACACCGACUACGAGCUAGUGUGCAAAGCCUGGGGCUCCAGACCUUCGGCAGUCAUUACCUGGUGGAAGGGAGGCACUCAGCCUCUGAACGAUGCCGUCAUGACGACGACCUCAGACGGCAACGUGACCACCUCGAUCUUGAAGUACAGAGCGGAGAUGACAGACAACGGGAAGUACCUCACCUGUCGGGCUGAGAACAAACUCAUCGCCCAUUCGUCCAAGGAGGACGGCGUCAAGCUUAAUAUUCAUUAUAAACCCGUGGUGACCCUCCAGAUGGGCAGUACCCUCGAUCCGGGCAGCAUCAAGGAGGGCGACGACGUCUAUUUCGAAUGCCACAUCAACGCCAACCCGGAUGUGUAUCAGGUCAAGUGGUACCACAAUGGGUCACCCCUCCAGAAGCAUUCCUCGCAGGGGAUCAUCAUCCAGAACCAGACGCUGGUCCUUCAGAAGAUCAGCAGAGACUCCGCGGGCCUCUACACCUGCCGAGCCAUCAACCUGGAGGGGGACGGGGAGAGCCAGCCCGUAAAUCUCAAAGUUAUGUACAAACCCUACUGCAAGAGGCACAGCAAGACGAUCUACGGCACCGCCCUCCACGAACCCGCCAGCGUCAUGUGCGAAGUGGAGGCCAGCCCUGGGCCCGUCAGGUUCCGCUGGACCUUCAACAAUACCUCGGAGCAUCUGCCCAUCCCUGCGUCUGCAGUCACUUCUAAGGAAAUGACAUCGAUCGCGAGUUAUGCUCCCAAGAGCCACCUCGACUACGGGACAUUACUGUGCUGGGCUUUCAACAGCGUCGGCAAGCAGUCCGUGCCCUGUGCUUUCACCAUUAUAGCAGCAGGACCACCAGAUCCGCCAAAGAACUGCACCAUCACGAACCAGACCACGGACACGAUCGAGGUCGACUGCGUCCCCGGAUUCGACGGUGGAUUAACUCAAACCUUUUACAUGGAGGUGUACGAUUCCAACACUGGAACGCUGAGAAGGAAUCUGUCGUCCGUGGAGCCGCAGUUCCUGCUCACGGGACUCAAGCCUGGAAUCGCCUUCAUUAUGGUGACCUACGCGUCGAAUGCUAAGGGGCCCAGCACGCCUUUCAAACUGGAGACCUUCACGCUCAAAGUGGCAGAGAAGAGAACAGGUCCCCCAACAUUCUUCGCCAUCACGCCGGUGAUGGGGCUCUUGAUCGGCAUCGUUCUGGCCCUGGUCCUGACCGGACUAGUCAUGAUGGUCAUGAUGAAAAUGCGGAGGACCCCUCCCGACCCCCCCAACAACGGGCCCCGGGAGGAGGCCAAGGGUGACCUCGAGAACCUGCCCCUCAACGUCGAGGUUCUGGGAGCUCGGGUCAAGGAGAGUCUCAGCGCCCUGGAGGCUGAGGAGAGCAACCCUGAUAUCAUCCCACAUAAAAAUGACGGAAUUUCAUACACAGAUUACGAGGGCCUGAGGGAAGGACCUAUCGGAGGGACCACGUAUGAUUCCGCCAUCACCGUGUGAGAAAUCUCAAAAUAUAUUUUUUCGGAUACAUAC